UCAUACCCUCCACCCCUGCCCCCUCGACGUUUGAGGAAUCCUCGGCCCACAUCCCUGCCUCUGCCAUCUCUACCUUCCUUUGAGCAUUCCCUCAUCCCUCUCUCCCUCCCUCCCCCUGUCCCUCCUAGACUGGACAAGCUGGAUGGAGAAAGCAGUUUUAAAGCAAAUGUCAAUGUUGUUUCCCUUAGUGUUGGAAAACUGGUCGACAUCAGCCAAGGUAUGGAAACCUACCAGAGACCAGUGACUUGUGGCAAAUGUUGUGCUACGCUAUCAUGCCUGAGCUCUAUACAGAAGGAUCGCGCAGGUGUGCGCAGCGACGACCUUUAUCUGCCAAACCUGAGCGAAGACGACUAUCAGAACCUGGAGGACACGCUGGUCAUUUUCUGUGUGGACAUUUCCGGCAGCAUGAGCGUCACUGCAGAGGUUGCAUCAAGCAGUGGCUCUACAGCGUAUAUAUCCAGACUAGAGGGUAUCCAGGAUGCCCUCCAGAGGACGCUAACAUCUAUACUCCGGCAGUCGCCUCACAGGAGAGUGGCACUGGUGACCUUCAAUGAUGAGGUUGUAAUAUACGGUGAUGGGACUGCUGCUCCUCUCACUCUCAGAGACUGGGCGUUGUUCGACUAUGACCAUAUAUGGCAACAAGCUGUAACGUACAGCAUCCCUCAUUGUAUCGCUGAGACAUACCAACAACUGAUAAAAAGAGUUAAAGACCUCAGAGAGCACGGGGCUACAUCUCUUGGUCCGGCAGCUUUAGCCUCCGUUGCUAUGGCAUCAAGGUACCCUGGCUCAAAGGUAAUUUUGUGCACGGAUGGAAAAGCUAACAUCGGGCUCGGUGAAAUGGAGCAGGAACCCAUUCUGUCUCCCUCUUUCCAACCUCCACAUUUCUAUAGAUACCUGGCUGUGCAGGCUGUGGGGAAAGGAGUCAUAAUAUCAAUAAUGACCUUUGAAGGAACAGAUUGUCGCUUGGCCGAUAUUGGUAGACUGGCUGAUGUCACAGGAGGACGGGUCAACAUUGUCAGUAUUGCUACAGUGGCAACAGAGAUCGAGUCAGUCUGUGCAGACAACGUCCUGGCAACUGAUGUCACAGCAACCCUGCUAGCCCCUGAUGGAGUAUAUUAUCCCUAUGAGGAUGAAAACAAUUACAGAGUGGUGAGAGAGAUAGGAAAUGUAACAAAAGGGCUCGAGAUAACCUUUCAAUUUGCUGUAAAACCAGAUUUUAGGGAAGCCUUUCUCCAGAAAGGAUCACUCCCAUUCCAACUUCAGCUGAGCUUCAAGACCAGAGACCAACAAAGAGUCACUCGCAUCAUCACAGAACAACGACCUGUAACAACUAACAGUCAAAUUCUUGUGGGUAAACUUAACAUGGCGGUAAUCGGCGUCCACUGUGCUCAGCUCUGUGCGAGCUUAACAAUGGAGGGUCGAGUGCAGGAAGCACAGAAGCAGCUAAAAGCACAACAAGACCUGCUCAAUCAAAUCAGUAAAUUAAGGCCAAUCCAAAAAGAAGAGAGCCUUUAUGGCAACUGGAUGGAAACAAUGACAACAAUAUGUGGAGACGUCGCAACAGAAUCCCAGAUUUUGUCUGAUGAUGCAGCUGAGGUGGUGUACCAGAUGAGGAGAGCCAGCUCCACCAGCAACAACUACUACAGCACCACAACUAAGACUAAGAAGACAAAGAGGAAGAAAAAGGCCUCCAUGGAAGCUUUU